CGCGCCCCCCACCCAGGGUCGCCCCGGGCCCGCGCCCCUCCCCCGCCGCCCCCGCCCCCCCCCCGGCCCUCCCCGGCCGCUGCUCCCCGGCGGAGGCAAGAGGUGGUUGGGGGGACCAUGGCUGACGUUUUCCCGGCCAACGACUCCACGGCGUCUCAGGACGUGGCCAACCGCUUCGCCCGCAAAGGGGCGCUGAGGCAGAAGAACGUGCACGAGGUGAAGGACCACAAAUUCAUCGCGCGCUUCUUCAAGCAGCCCACCUUCUGCAGCCACUGCACCGACUUCAUCUGGGGGUUUGGGAAACAAGGCUUCCAGUGCCAAGUUUGCUGUUUUGUGGUCCACAAGAGGUGCCAUGAAUUUGUUACUUUUUCCUGUCCGGGUGCGGAUAAGGGACCCGACACUGAUGACCCCAGGAGCAAGCACAAGUUCAAAAUCCACACUUAUGGAAGCCCCACCUUCUGCGAUCACUGUGGGUCACUGCUAUAUGGACUUAUCCAUCAAGGGAUGAAAUGUGACACCUGCGACAUGAACGUUCACAAGCAGUGUGUCAUCAAUGUCCCCAGCCUCUGCGGAAUGGAUCACACGGAGAAGAGGGGGCGGAUUUACCUAAAGGCUGAGGUUGCGGAUGAAAAGCUCCAUGUCACAGUACGAGACGCAAAAAAUCUAAUCCCUAUGGACCCAAACGGGCUUUCAGAUCCUUAUGUGAAGCUGAAACUCAUUCCUGAUCCCAAGAACGAAAGCAAACAAAAAACCAAAACCAUCCGCUCCACGCUAAAUCCCCAGUGGAAUGAGUCCUUUACCUUCAAAUUGAAACCUUCAGACAAAGACCGGCGACUGUCUGUAGAAAUCUGGGACUGGGAUCGAACAACAAGGAAUGACUUCAUGGGAUCCCUUUCCUUUGGAGUUUCGGAGCUAAUGAAGAUGCCAGCCAGUGGCUGGUACAAGUUGCUUAACCAAGAAGAAGGUGAGUACUACAAUGUACCCAUUCCGGAAGGGGACGAAGAAGGAAAUGUGGAGCUCAGGCAGAAAUUCGAGAAAGCCAAGCUUGGCCCUGCUGGCAACAAAGUCAUCAGUCCCUCUGAAGACAGGAAACAACCUUCCAACAACCUUGACCGAGUGAAACUCACCGACUUCAAUUUCCUCAUGGUGCUGGGGAAGGGGAGUUUUGGAAAGGUGAUGCUUGCUGACAGGAAGGGAACAGAAGAACUGUACGCAAUCAAAAUCCUGAAGAAGGACGUGGUCAUUCAGGAUGAUGACGUGGAGUGCACCAUGGUGGAAAAGAGAGUCUUGGCCCUGCUAGACAAACCCCCGUUCUUGACACAGCUGCACUCCUGCUUCCAGACAGUGGACCGGCUGUACUUCGUCAUGGAAUACGUCAACGGCGGGGACCUCAUGUACCACAUUCAGCAAGUAGGAAAAUUUAAGGAACCACAAGCAGUAUUCUAUGCAGCAGAGAUUUCCAUUGGAUUGUUCUUCCUUCAUAAAAGAGGAAUCAUUUAUAGGGACCUGAAGUUAGAUAACGUCAUGUUGGAUUCAGAAGGACAUAUCAAAAUUGCUGACUUUGGGAUGUGCAAGGAACACAUGAUGGAUGGAGUCACGACCAGGACCUUCUGUGGGACUCCAGAUUAUAUCGCCCCGGAGCCUCCAUUUGAUGGUGAAGAUGAAGACGAACUGUUUCAGUCUAUCAUGGAGCACAACGUUUCCUAUCCAAAAUCCUUGUCCAAGGAGGCAGUUUCCAUCUGCAAAGGACUGAUGACCAAACACCCAGCCAAGCGGCUGGGCUGCGGGCCCGAGGGUGAGAGGGACGUGAGAGAACAUGCCUUCUUCCGGAGGAUCGACUGGGAGAAACUGGAGAACAGGGAGAUCCAGCCACCGUUCAAGCCCAAAGUGUGCGGCAAAGGAGCAGAAAACUUUGACAAGUUCUUCACACGAGGACAGCCUGUCUUAACACCGCCCGAUCAGCUGGUUAUUGCUAACAUAGACCAGUCUGAUUUUGAAGGGUUCUCGUAUGUCAACCCCCAGUUUGUGCACCCCAUCUUACAGAGCGCAGUAUGAAACUCACCAGCUAGAACAAACACCUCCCCAGCCCCCAGACUCCAAGCAGCGGGAAGUUAUCUUUAACCCUAAAAUUUUAAGGCCAUGGCCUUGUGUCUGAUUCCAUGUAGAGGCCUGAAAAUUGUAGGGUUAUUAGUCCAAAUGUGAUCAACUGUUCAGGCUCUCUCUCUUACAACCAAGAACAUUAUCUUAGUGGAGAUGGUACGUCAUGCACAGUGUCCACUUUAAUUCUGUAGAAGUUACAUCUGGCUCUAGGUUAACCCUUCCUAGAAAGCAAAUGGACUCUUGCCCCAUUUUGGGUACAAUUUGAUAUACUUUCCAUACCCUCCAUCUGUGGAUUUUUCACUGUCGGAAUCCCCCACCAGAGAUGUUGAAGGGAACCUGCCCCAGCCCCGGAGGCUGGAGACCUCUCCACCCAAGACAUCUUUGGAAUCAAAGAACAGGAAGCCAAGAGGGUGAGAGCAAGGAGGGACUGGGGGUGGGGGAGGCUUCAGAAUAUCCACUGCUUCCGUUCUCUGCCUCCAUGGAAACAGCCCCUAGAAUCUGAAAGGCUGGGAUGAACCUAAUCGCUGUUCCCAAACACUGACAAUUCCUAACCCAAGCAUAGUCCGGCAGUGACCAGUUUAAAAAAAACAAACACCUCAGAUGAGUGUUGGGUGAAUCUGUCAUCUGGUGCCCUCCUUGGUUGAUAACUGUCUUGAUAACUUUCAUUCUUUGUAAGAGGCCAAAUCGUCUAAGGACUUUGCUGAACAAGCAUGUGAAAUCAUGUCAGAUCAAGGAUAAGCCAGUGUGUAUGUACGUUCAUUUUAAUCUCUGGGAGAUUAUUCUUCAAUCCAGGGUGCCAUCAGUAAUCAUGCCACUACUCACGAGUGUUGUUCGCCAACACCCACCCCCCCCACACACCAAUAUUUUGCUACCUACCUUGUUAACCUCCUCAAGAAGCUGAAGUGUACGCCCUCUCCCCUUUUGUACUUAUUUAUUUAGUAGGCCGCAGUGUCGUUUAUGAAAGUACGAUGUACAGUAACUUAAUCGAAGUGUUGACUCUAGCGUCAGCCCCUUCUGAUUAGUUUUCCUCCCUUCUCCAGCCCUUGAUGUCCACUUAGGGACAAAAAUGAUACGGUUUGGGUUCCCAUUUCCAGUUCAUGUUGAAUGACACGCCUGGAGCUGUAGAAUCAGGAAACCUUGGAUGCCUAACAGCUCAAAGAUGUUUUAUUGCUAGAAGGAUUUUAAUAUGUUUUGCAAAUGCAUCAUGCAAUGAAUUUUGCAUGUUUAUAAUAAACCUUAAUAACAAGUGAAUCUAUAUUAUUGAUAUAAUCGUAUCAAGUAUAAAGAGAGUAUUAUAAUAAUUUUAUAAGACAAUUGUGCUCUAUUUGUGCAGGUUCUUGUUUCUAAUCCUCUUUUCUAAUUAAGUUUUAGCUGAAUCGCUAGCUUCUGUGCUUUCCCUCUCUGCCCAUUGGCACUGUAUCAGAUAGAUUAAUUUUUAAAUGUAGAUCAAAUUUCAAAAAUGAAUGGCUACUUUACAUGAUAAAUUAGUCUCUUACUAACUGUGUGUGCGUGUGUGUAUGUGUGUGUAUAUAUAUGUAUAUUUGAUUGUACCUGCAAACAAAAGUUUUAUUGGUGGGGACUAUUUUUGAGCUGACACUCCCUCUUAGUUUCUUAAUGCCACCUCUCGUCCUGGUUCCUCCACCACUCUUCCUCUUGGGAACAGCAGGAAGUGUCUGAUUCCGGUCUGCCUAGUACGCUGGAGCACAUGUGGCAUUGCUGCAGCACCUGGGCUGACGUUUGUGUGUUCGUGUGUGUGUGUGUGUGUGUGUGUGUGUGUGUGUGUGUGUUUUGUUCUUCCCUUCAGCCUGUGACUGUUGCUAACUCCAGGUAGCGGGGAGGGUUGGGGAGACCCCCUCUUGCUGUGUGUACUGGACACGUAGGAAGCACGUUGUCUGUCUUGUUGCCUCUGCAAUGACCUGCCAUUUGCCCAAGCACUCACAGCCUUCAUGAGACCAACACAGCCGUGCCCUGCAGGCACCAGCGCCUGCUCUUCAGAGGCUGUGGACUUUCUUCCAGCCAUUGCUGGCAUUGGCCUUUCCAGCCUUGGGAGGAGCAUGCUGCUUUGGUGAGACACCCCGCCCCCGCCUACCGCAAGGUCCUCUGAGGAGCCAGGUUCUAUUACAAACAGAAACAGAAUGAAAGUAGCUGUUGGUCCUUGUAGAGAGAUGCUCUGUUUCCUCCCAGAAGCAUCUCCCAGCUAAGCUCACCUUGUUUUACCCCUCUGGCUGUUUGCCUGAAAUUCACAGAACACACAACCAUGAAACUGUCUUUGUGGUGAGACCUGGAAACUCCUGAGUAGGAGAGACAGUGUAGGGAAUGAGCCCGGCGGAAAAGAGCCAUUGCUUCUGCCAUCUUUUAUGCUCCAUAGACAUCAAGACUCCAGGGGGGCCUGGCUCCCCGUCCCUGCAGCCCUGCAGGUCAGUAAACAGUCUGGGUUCAUGUCCUGACCAGCUGCGCCUCCUUCCAUCUGAGGGGAAAGAGAUUGGUUUGUAAAAAGAGCCUAGGAGACAAAAGGGCUGGUCCCCUGCUCCAGAAUGGAGCAGCUGCAGGACAGACCCCCAUGAGGCCCCCAGAGAGGAGAAAGGUCCCACGGAGGAACACAUGGGGUUAGGGACCUUUUGUUCAGCACUGCAAAUGGCCUGCCUGGUUCUUUUUGUUGUUUUUUGGGGGGUGGGAUUUAUUUUUUUGAGACGGAGUCUCACUCUGUCACCAGGAUGGAGUGCAGUGAUGCGUUCUCAGCUCACUGCAACUGCCACCUCCUGAAUUCAAGCAAUUCCCCUGCCUCAGCCUCCCAAGUAGCUGGGACUACAGGCAUGCACCACCAUGCUGGCUAAUUUUUUUUCUUUGUAUUUUAGUAGAGACAGGGUUUCACCAUGUUGGCCAGGACGGUCUCGAUCUCCUGACCUUUUGAUCCACCUGCCUCGGCCUCCCAAAGUGCUGAGAUUACAGAUGUGAGCCGCUGCACCUGGCCACAGCCUGCCUGUUUUAAGCAAGCAGCAGGCUUAGGCUUAGGCUUUCCCCUGCAAAAGCCAACACCCACAAGUUUGUUUCUCUCGGAAACACAUCGACUGUCUCAGCUGGCUGAUGAUCUCUCAGACCAUGUGGCAAAGUUUUCAAAGAAAAUGCCCCGAUGGGGGUGCCCAGCACACUGCCUGAGGGACAGAAGACCCCAGCACAAAUGCCUCAGGGGGAAACAGUAAGAAUCAGGAUCCAGUGCAGGGUUGCCCUGUGGAGCCUGUAUAUCCAUUGCUGAGUGUUGAAUGUGGAUAAUGGUUAGAGCUCUACAGAUCUCAGCAGCCGAAGACAGUGACUGUGGGAAGACUGUCAUUAGACAUCUGUGAGCAGUGACUCACCCCAGGAUCAGUUUAUGAAAUUCUAUGGCACUGCCCCCAUCGUGGGCAUCGUGUGAAGUGAGACAGCGGCAGGGGCGUGCUGUGGAGCUGAUGCAGCCACGAAGGAGGGUCCUGGGGGACCUUUUGGGAAGUGCCUGCUCCUGAGCACUGUCUGAUUGCCAGGGCCUGUGGAGGUCUAGACAGCCCGGCAGAGUUGAGCACCAUCUACAUCCCCAAAGCACCCAUGGAGCUGUGACCACACCAGGCCAUUCAAAUGGCUCUGCGUUGUCUUCCCUUGGAAGGUGGCCACUCCUCGGUGGCAGAAUUUCCCUCCGAGGCUGCAGGUCAUGCGCUGGCAGCCCAUCUCUUGGUGUUUCGAUGAAGGUCACCAGGUGUCGGGUUUGAAAGGAAGUCACUGGAGUGUGCUGCCGGGGGCUGCCCUCUGGGUUAAUGGGGGGGGCCGCAUCCAGGCAAAAAUGAAUUCAAAAGGCAGAUCGAAAACCACAGGAGCCAAAAUGAUUGCUUCAGCAGCACUCCUCCUCCUCUUUCAUCCCGAGGCCUGGUGGGUCCAUGCAGAGCCCCCGUCUGCCCUUUCUGAUGCCACAUAUUAGGCCUUCUUAUUCAGAAUUUGGACAGAAAACCAUGGGGUCAAGAUCUCUGGAAGCCUGGCUGGAGGUGCUUGGUGGAAAGAUUAUGAAAGACCAAGAUUAAUACAACCCAGCAAACGAUUGUUGAGCACCUCUCUAAGCCCAAGUCCUUAGGCGAGUGUGAUGGCAGACUUCCAGAGAGUCCCCACCACAGACUUGCUGAGAAGGGAGAGGGAGGCAGGGGCUGCAGUCAGGAAGGAGCCGGAGAAGAACAGCGUUUGGGUGCAUCCAGAAAUAUACCUUGCAGUGAGAGGGAGAGGAAGGGGUGCCAUUGUCAGCGGCUUCCCAUCGGAGGUGGCUAGUGCAGAUGGAAGUUUCCAUCUGCUGGCCCUCAAGAGAGUGUUUUGCCAGGGACACAGUCUGUUCCUCCUCAGAAAACACCCCCCAAAUGCUAACAACAUCCCCACCCGCUGCCAGAAGCCCCUUUCCCCUCCCCACCUUGAAGUAGCUCAUAAGUUUCUGGGUAGAUCCAGACCAUCCAGUGUGCCCCAGAGGCGGGUAGAUUCCUGCCCGUUUCCUCUCUGGCUUCCUUGCCAAGAAUCAUGGCAGCUGAGGAUGAAUGGAGAAGUCUUAAAAACAGCACCGCAUCCACCUGGUUCCACUUAGCAGGAGACAUUUCAGAGGGGAUUUUUUUUUUUUUUUUUUCUGGGAUGUGUUUUCUCAGUACUGAAAAGAGAAAAAGUGACAGUCUUGUGUUUUUAAAAGCCUCAGAAAGGUGAUGCCAUUUGACAGUCAUUUUCUCACUUUGGUCUUAUGAAGUCUAUUUCUUGUGUGUACACAUCACACCAUUUCCUGUUCCUUUAUAAGCCAACAAGGGUAGGAGCGCCUGUUCCCCCACUGGGCACACCAGACAAUCAUAAUCACAAAACAGACACUGAGCCAGGGACCCAAAGGAUGUGAUCGUGACAGUCACCAAGAAGGACAAGGGUGCUCUGUUUUUAGCAGCCACACACCAAUUUGACAAGAAGUGUGUUGCAAAAAUUUUUUUAAUUGUUUGGUUUUUUCGAGACAGAGUUUCACUUUGUCUGGAGUGAAAGUGGUGCAAUCUCGGGUCACCGCAACCUCUGCCUCCCAGGUUCAGGCGAUUCUUCUGCCUCAGCCUCCCGAGUAGCUGGGACUACAGGUGCCUGCCACCAUGUCCAGCUAAUUUUUGUAUUUUUAGUAGAGAUGGGGUUUCACCAUGUUGGCCAGAAUAGUCUCAAUCUCCUGACCUCAUGAUCCACCCGCCUCAGCCUCCCAAAGUGCUGGGAUUACAGGUGUAAGCGAACACUCCCGGCCCAGGUGACCCACAGCACCUGGUGGAAAUAUUUUUUAAAAGUCAUUUUCCUUGAGCUGCGUGGGCUACAGGUUGUGAAAUACACUAGGUAGUCAACAUUCCUGUCUCCUCCCAUUCAGGCUGAUGCAGCAGAUCUAGGGAAUGCUGUCCGUUUCUGCUGUUAGAAGAUCCAGAAAACUGGGAAGGUUACCUGAGGUACACAUGGAUGAAGGCUGUCCUCUAAAAAUGGGGUCAACUGCAAUUGUGUUAAUUCUGUAGUGUCAGCGAUUCUCCGGAAAGGUCAACAGCGUGAAUGGUUCUGACCCCUGUGCCUCUCCUCUAUGUGAUCAGGUGACAGUUAAUGACCGCGAAGGUCACACUCAGCCAUCCAACAGCCUUACAGGGACCCUACACAAAAGCCCACAGAUUCCAAAGACUUUUUUUUAACCUAAAGGAAGAAAUUAUUUGUUAAUUCCAGUAGAGCAACUGAAUAUACUGGGCUAUUUGUACUUUUUUAAUGGAGAAUUUUAGUAACUCAAUUCUUCUUUAAAGAUGAGUUUUUAGAAUAAAGCCACUGAUGAUUUCCUAAGAGUCCAAUCCCCUGGAGCUUGUAGGAAGACGGCCUGGGUCAGUUGGAGCAUGCCCGACCUGCUCCCCCACUGCCAGAUUCCCCCCAUGCUCCUCGGGUAUGGAGUCCACAUGGGAAUGACUACAAGUUCAGGGGGAACUCGUUAGCAGACUGAUGCUCUGUGAGUUUUUAAUAGACACUGGGGACAACUGCUUAAGGUCUAGAAACUUCCAAACCACAGGAAAGACAGCUUUAGUGUCCCCCAUCCAGAGGCAGCCCUGGAAUAGGAUUUCCAGGGGUAUCUGGGACCCCUUUCCUUGUGCUGAGAGGCUCUGUGGCCACCUUUUGGCAGGAGGUGGAUGCUUCCUCAGCUCUGUCCCCACCCCCAGGUCCCCAGGUCUUUCACAGUGGGUGAAGAUUCAGAGAUGCUCUGUAAGGAUUUUGCCCACUGGGCACCUCAGAAAUACUUCAGUCUCCCAAGAUAGAAGAGGCAGCAGCACACAAGCCUAUUGAUGUCUGUUUCAUAGUUAACCGCUUAUGUGAGUAGACCAAACUCCACUGUUCAAAAAGUAGGUAUGAAGUCCACUUUAUAAGGUUCCUUAUUUCUAAAAUAAGAUAAAAGGCGGCUUUGCAUUUUCCAGUUAAACAACUGUGUCUUCGUCACCUCUGCUCAUCUUUAGGGGUAUCCAUUCCUGUGACUGCAGACUUGUUGAUAUUCUUCCUGGAAGAAUGGAAUUCUUUUCUGGAAGCAUUGGUUGGUUUACCAGAAUAUUCAAAAUCAUUCAUGAAGGCAGUUACUAUUUUGAGUCUAAAGGUUUUCUCAAAAUUAACCUCACAUCCCUUCCGUUAGGGUCUUUGAGAGUAUCUUUUAUAAACAGAAGCAUUUGAAGUCAUUGCUUUUGCUACAUGAUUUUUGUGUGUGAAGGACAUACCAUGUUUAAAUAAUUAAUUGAAAAACAUCACAUAAGACCCCAGUUUUGUCUGGAGGAAGAGACGGAGGUUGAGGUGUUUCCUUCCGUAUAAGCACGUACUGACAAAACGUAGAGGCCAUUCAGCUGUCAAACACAAUUUGGUUAUAUAGCAGAGGAGAUGGAUGUAUAAACUACUGCAUUGCUUUUUUCAGUUUGUAUAACCUCUAAUCUCCGUUUGCAUGAUACGCUUUGUUAGAUACAUUAAUUGUAGUUUGGAAGCAAGUGUGUAUGAAUAAAGAUAAUGAUCAUU